AAUUUGAUGUUUAUUUAAAAAAAACUUUUGCGAAUAAUCAUUUUCUUAAAUGUAAAAUUCUAAAUAAGGAAAUAUAACAUUAAGCUCAUUCUCUUCUGUUUAAAUUUAAAUUUAUUCAGGAAAUUACUCAUUUAUAUUAUUAUUUUCAUCUUAAUUUGGGAGUAAUUAUGAAAAUGCUUAGAAAUCAAAAAUAAAUGAAUUAUGUUUUAUAUUUGUACAAAAUUUAAAUAAAUCUAAUAUUUCAUGUAAAUUAAAAUUAUCAAUUAAAUAAAAUAAAUCAGAAAAAUUUAAAUAUUCUUCAAUUUCUUCACCUUCAUGUUCAACUUUAAUUGAUUUGAAAAUAAUUUAUAAGUCAAA